AUGAAAAAGCCUACGCCACUUUUCAGCAUGGACAGCAGCAUCUGGGGCUAUAAGCCACAAACUGCCGAGCACUAUUGCGAGUGGAUAAACCAGCGCGAAUCAACCUUGUUGCGCGUGCCCGCUGAGAUCCGCAACAUGAUCUUCGACCUAGCUUGUCAAGAUACCGUCAUCACCGUCCCGUACAUCGCUCUUGUUCAGCCGAGGGAACCACAGAAGUGCGCACACCAGGGAUCCUCUGCUCUGCUACACACCAGCCGCCAAGUGCGCCACGAAGCGCAUCCUAUCUUCUACUUCCACGCCGUGUUCAGAUUCGGAGGGAUCGGAACCGCCAAUCUGAACAACAAGCUGGGACAACAUGUGUGCAACCACAUCCGUGCCAUUGAGCUUCCUCAGAGCGUAGCGACUAUAAUGACUCUCUCCGGGACAAAUGUAGAUUUGUGCAAGACAGAGUACGGUGCAGACCUGCCGAGCCUCGACCAUGUGUAUGUGAAAGUGGUUAAAGGGCUGUGGAAUUCUUCUGGUCCCGCAAACAACAUAUACGGCAACAUUGAAGGAGCAGCCUCGGCUGAUCGCUUUGGUCCCGACGGUAUUGUAUACGCCACCAUCCCCUCUGCAGUAGGCAGGAGGCCCUGGUCAAGCUCCGCCGUCGUGGGCUCUGUAGUCGAGGAAAUACUGAGAGAAAGAGCUGGGACACCCCACAUCGAGGCGAACAAAAUGGACAUUCGUGUGCUGCGCCCGUCGGACAUUCCGCAUGUCCAGCUUGCGAACAUUACGAACCUGCCGGAGAAUUACUUUUGCAAGUACUACUUGUACCAUGCUAUGAGUUGGCCGCAGUUGAGCUAUGUUGCUGUUGAUGUCUCCCGCCCGCCCAAAACCCCCUACGACCCGCCCAAAAUCGUCGGCUACGUGCUCGCCAAAAUGGAAGAAGAACCCACCGACGGCAUCCCCCACGGCCACAUCACCUCCCUAUCCGUAAUGCGCACGCACCGCCGUCUCGGGCUCGCAGAAAAACUCAUGCGCCAGUCCCAACGCGCCAUGGCCGAGACUUUUGCCGCGCACUACGUCUCCCUGCACGUGCGCAUGUCCAACACCGCCGCGCUGCAUCUGUACCGCGACACGCUGGGCUUCAGCGUGGACAAGGUCGAGGCCAAGUACUAUGCCGACGGCGAGGAUGCGUAUAGUAUGAAGAUGGAGCUGGACGGGCUCAAGCAGCAGCUAAGGGAGCAGGAGGAGGAGAUUUUCGGCAGCGAGGGGAAAGAUGAGGGCGAGGCGGUUGGGAGCGAGGGCAAGGAGGAGAAGGUCAAGGUGAAGAUUGGGAGGGGCAAGGGGGUCGCGGAUUUGGUGGAGAGGAGUGAGGUUGCGACAUAG